CCAAGAAAACUGAAUCACCUAAGAAGGCUCUAGGAAGGUACGUUGGUGUGCAUAAUGGAUCUUUCGAUAGGUUCCAUUUCGACGAUCACUUGUCAGAGUGCGAUUGGGGCCGACGUGUGACUGUCACUCACCGGCACCAUUGGCUGCCGUAAUUGCAAGGGUACCCGAUACACCCGACACGGCACAGAAACACCUUCCCCGACACCACCGCCCGACCGACAGCGACCGGUACCGGUGGGAGGCGAUCUGCAAUUCAUAUAAGGAGCUGGGUGCGUAUUGUACGCUCGCGAUCGCUUAUGCUGCGUCGGUGCUGCGUCGGUCCCGGUCCACACCACACGCGGGAGUCACCGACACCAUAAAAAUAUACCUCAGGUGCCAAUCCUUGAAUUGAUGAAACGAUCAAACUCCUCCCUACUGCGCCCUUGCUGUUGCCAUUCAUACCUUCACCCAUGCGAGUGCGCCCUCUAGACAUGAUGGUAGGAGAUACCAAAGAACGUGACUUUGAAUCGCCACGCAACGACAGCUUUCCAACACACAACAACUCUCGCAGCAACGUGAAGACUUUGCCCAGGCGAAUGGAAUUCUAAGCGCAUGGAGACCCGUAGGUGGUAGGUGAUAGGCUAGCACUUCGGACCACUGCAAAACCACACGCGCAUCAUCGCAGCAGUUCAUCUCAAUAGACCUUACAUAAAUGGAGAUCACAACACUUCACGACAUAUCGGCGCGGGAAGGUACUAGAGCAAUAAAAAAGUGUAUAUAAAUUUCACAGUCCACACACCCAUCUACGCGAAUAGGCGUAAGAGCGAAGGUAAAAAAAAACACCGUUCCACACCGAAGAACUUCGUAGUGCGAUCCCGUAGCCGGCAGCAAGAAUUUUGAUUAAUUAAUUAAGCCCCGGACCAACCAAAAGUGGUCAGCCCGCGUGGUGUGUUGUUGCAGCUCGCGUUGUCGUCUGCAGCAACGUGUCCAACGUGCGGAGAAGCAUGGAAAAUGAAACUAUCGGCAAAUAUGUGCUGCUCGUUUGGGUUCAUUCGCACGGCUUUAAUGUACUCUCCAGCAGCAGCAGUACGUGCAUGCAUCUCCUUGAGGAUAGAGUUUUUUUUUGCAUAAAUUCCACUGCCUUAUGUGCAGAACAGUCCAGACAGGGGAGGGUAUGAACAGUAGUACCCCCGUAAGAUAUUGCAACCAACGACAGCUCAUGCGCCUUAAAAAGGUUGUAAUUCAUCAAACUCAAACAUACAGCACGAUUGACAGCAAACUUCGUGAAGGCUUCCGUGAAUUCUACAACCAAAAACGGUGUCUCACAGUAAGGGUUUCGAUAGGUAAACUCUAUCUUGGUGACCAGAGUGCCAGAGCUAAAUUAAUGUUGAAAUUCCUUUGCAAACCUUUGCGCGGUAAAGCAACAAAGUCCUGAUUUACAGGACGUGAAUAUUCCAACACCGACGUCCGAAAAGAGUGAUCAAUUAUUUUCUCACUUACCGACCAGUUGGCUUUAAUUUUCGACGGCUCAGUUAACGUCGGCGGUAUUCCAAAGUGAAUGUACCAUUAGUGUAGUAGCUCCCUUUUAAUCAACACCUUAAGUUCUGGAACAAAUCUUGUGACCACUUCUUGCAGACUCCAUAGCUAACAUGUGAAUAAACGUAGUAAUCGGCACACGCCAACUCUAGAACAUUGUGCUGUCAUGUUGCUACGGCCAGCUAGUACCAUAGCAACGUACCCAAAUGCGAUCUAACCUCACUGUACGCCUCGCCAUCGAUUCCAGCUCUAAACAAGAAAAGUAGUCCAUGAAAUGCACGAUUGACGCGGGUCGUGACGCUCCACCUAACCCGAAAGCACUUCAAAAUGUCCUCCUCCGAAGGUUCCGGUGACUCCGAAAGAUCUACCACCUCGCUAGCGUCCGGCGUUGACUCGUUCCAGCAAAGGGUGGAAAAUUUGCGUGCAAAGUAUCAGGAUAUUUUGCAAGAAGGAUUCUUUCGAAAUUUGCAGCACGAUUGGUUGGGGCAGCAGGCAGCCGAACCGAACCUUUCGCAAUCGCCAUCGGACGCCUCAACGCUCGAAUGUGUAAGCGACACAAGUGGCAGCUUUAUUGUGCUGAAUGGGCGAAAGUUUCCCCUGGAGCUUUUUCGUGAACGUUCUCCGAAGGUUGAAGGAGAUUCUCCCAUCGUGAAGAAAUCGAUUAAACGUAGCAGUUCAAAACAGUUGCACGAGUUGCAGGGUGAGUUGAAUGAUUACAACAACCCUUACGUCGUGCCAACGCCGGACCAGAUCGCACAACGAAAUGCCCGAAAGAGUCGCUUCCACACUGCACGCUCCCGGGGCUGUCAGGAUGUGCGACAGCGCCUGCACGUUGAGGAGCUUCCGUUCGAUGCGGAAAUGCUGGGGACGAGCAAAUCGGGCAAGUAUCACUCACGCCUCGCCACCCAGCUCGAUGCACACUACCGCAAUGAGCUGACGUACCGGCCGCGGAUACGAAACUUUGCGCGUAUCGACGCGAUACACAACUUGCGCGAAUCGGGAUGCCGCCAGUUUGAGACGUACUACCGCGAGGAGUACAUCGUGGGGCAGACGCGCAAGCAGUGCAUCGAGAAUGAGUUCUACCAGCAGCUGGCAGAACGUUGCAGCGAGCUCCGGGAAGCGGUACGCACCAUUCGGCAGGAACGGUUCAGUGCCACGAUGCGUGUGCUGGACACGGUGAAGCCGUACUUUGAAACUUCCUCCCAGCUGGAGUCGCGCCUAAAGCAUCUGCAGAGCCGUAUGACGAGCCUGUGGAACCAGGUGGUACGACUCGAAAGCAUCUGGGUGCAGCGGUUGAAACUGCAAAACUUCCUCUACCUAAUCAUGCCCAAAGAAUGGCGCGAACGCAACGACUGGAUACAUCAGGACGGUGAUGGGCAGCUCGAAAGCUACCCCGUUUCGAUCGGUCGGCGUGAUGUGGUUAACAUCCGCAACAUCGACGAAGGCAACGAUAUCUGGGCGGUGAAGCGCUUCUUCGAGACGGAGUACCUGGCGAAGCACAAACCAGUCCACGAAGCGUUCUCGACGUCGUCCGAACUGCUCGAGGGCGUGGCGGAACUGAACACCAACUCCAUGACACUGCUCUCCCGGCUGGACCUGAUGAACUGGGUGAAGUCGAACGCUGAAACAGAAUCGGACCGGGUGCAGCGCGAUUUCGCCAACCAAAUACAAGCGAUCCGAUGCUUCAUACAGGACAUGGACGAGCGGCGCCGGUUCUACGAGAAGCGCACGGUGGAGUUGAAGCAACUGUUCGAUAAGCUGGUCCAGGGGCCGCUCAAGGACGCCAUCCACAAUGUGCGCAACCGAGAGAUCGAAAGCUUGGUUGCGGUUGUGUACGGUAAGCUACUGCCCGCGAAAGACCGGGAUGAAGGCUCAUCCACCGUUCGCCUAUCCGGUGUCACCUGCUUCGGCUUCAUCUUCGAGAUGGUGCUGCAAGUUUUGGCCGAUUUCGACCAAAUGCCCGCCCCGCUGAUACACUCCGUCGAGCAGCAGGUUCGGUUCCGCCGGCGGCGGCGCAACAUCCUGGCGGUCCGGGCCGCCGAAGAGGAACACCGGAUCAGUCAGCUGGCGGUACAGCUAAAGCGGGGGCUUGCACCGCCCCACAAGAAGCCGGAUCACAAGGUGAAACCACCCCGGUCACGGCUGCGCCGCAAAGAGCAACCGGUUGUGGAGGUGAAGCAGCACGUGCCCAAGUUGGACCAAAUCUUCCGGGUGGCGUUCGGGGAGACAGCCACGAUGACGCCCGACGAGCGGCGCAAUUUUGAGAUCGAUAUGAUCUACCAGAACUACUGCUCGGUGCAGUUCGACCACUUUCUGCGUGCGAUCGGGUACGAGCCGGACUACGACAUGAUGAGCCGGGUGGAGCAGCGCGACGGGCCGGAGGAGAACUUUUUCAAGCGCAAGGAGCUGAUCCCGCGGGUGCUGAAGAAGCUGCAGCACUGGCAGCACAUGCAGCAGCUGCUGAGGGAGCGGCUGUUCCAGCGCAUGUCGGCAGAGUUGCAAGGUGUCGGUCAGUAAUGUAUUGGUGAGCGAUUUUAAGAACGUUUGGUUUAUUGUUUACAGUUACAUUUGGGUGUAGGACCUUGAAAUUGUGCAUAAAUUUGUUGCUUUAAAGUACAUUAAAAAC